CCUUGUGUUCCUUUUGGCUUGCUUUUCACUACAUCCAGACUGAGUAGUUUUCUUCCUUCUGCUCUCCACUAUAGCCCUAUUACACUUCUUUUGGGAUGCCUGUAAAAAAUGUCUGUGGCUCCAGCUUCCUUUCUUUUCCUUUUCCUUCUUCUUCUUCUUCUUUUUUGCUUUUUCUUUUUCUAAACAUGUUCUAAUUUGUUCUGUCACCUUUGGACCUUGGGAAGUUGAAAGAAGGGUCCAUCUUUUCAUACAACUCCACUUCUGAAAUGCUUGCGGUGUAAAAGAAAACAUUAACCAUGGAUGUAUUCAUGAAAGGACUUUCAAAGGCCAAGGAGGGAGUUGUAGCUGCCGCUGAAAAAACCAAGCAGGGUGUGGCAGAAGCAGCAGGAAAGACAAAAGAGGGUGUUCUCUAUGUAGGCUCCAAAACUAAGGAGGGAGUGGUUCAUGGUGUGACAACAGUGGCUGAGAAGACCAAAGAGCAAGUGACAAAUGUUGGAGGUGCAGUGGUGACAGGUGUGACAGCAGUAGCCCACAAGACAGUGGAGGGAGCUGGGAGCAUUGCAGCUGCCACAGGCUUUGUCAAAAAGGACCAGCUGGGCAAGAGUGAAGAAGGAUCCCCACAAGAAGGAAUUCUGGAAGAUAUGCCCAUGGAUCCUGACAAUGAGGCUUAUGAGAUGCCUUCUGAGGAAGGCUAUCAAGACUAUGAACCAGAAGCCUAAGACAUAUCUUUGCUCCUAGUUCCUUGAGAUCUGCUGACACAUGUUCCAUCCUGUACAAGUGCUCAGUUCCAAUGUUCCCAGUCUUGACAUUCUCUCAAAGUCUGUACAGUAUAUCUUGAAGUCUUCCAUCAGCAGUGAUUGGAGAUCUGUGUCCGCCCCACUCAGCAUUUCGGUGCUUCCCUCUCACUGAAGUGAAUCUUGUGUGCUGUGGAUAUUGUGGCUUCAAAUCUAAAAUGUUAAAACAAAUUAAAAACACCUAAGUGACUACCACGUAUUUCUAAAUCCUCACUAUUUUUUUGUUGCUAUUGUUGAGAAGUUGUGAGUGAUCUUUACUCUCCUAUAUUAUAAGAUUUCUAGAUCUCUUUAAUGAUUCAUUCUGUCUAAGAAAAAUGAUGUAUUGUGAAAUUUGUUAUAUACAAUAUUUAAAACUUGUGAGCAUGAGACUAUGCACCUAUAAAUAUUAACCAUGAAAUUUUACUGUCUUGUGAUGUGUUUUGUUAACUUGUGUUUGUAUAUAAAUGGUGCAAAUUAAAAUAAAAUGUUAUCUCAGUA